AUGAGUUGCCGGAGAUUCUUGUCGAUCCCGGUGGUUUCUGUGAUUCUGGUGAUGGGUUUCGUGUACUACAUCACACUCUUCGUUUUCAUCGAUGAUUGGGUUGGUUUACAAAGCUCAGCUGGGAAAUUAAACGCCUUGCUCUUCAGCUUCUUGGCGUCUCUCUGUCUCUUUUCCCUCUCCAUUUGCGUUCUCAUAGAUCCAGGUCGUGUCCCGACAUCUUAUGCUCCUGAUGUUGAGGAUUCUGGCCGGUCCCAUAGUAACGCUACAGAAUCAAGGAAAUGUGACAAGUGCUUUGCAUAUAAGCCUCCUCGGACUCACCAUUGCCGAGUUUGCAGAAGAUGUGUCUUGAAGAUGGACCACCAUUGCCUUUGGAUAAAUAACUGUGUUGGUUAUGCAAACUAUAAAGCUUUCUUCCUUGUUGUGUUUUAUGCAACCGUGGCUUGCAUCUACUCCACAGUGUUGCUGGUUUGCUGCGUAUUCAAGAACGGGGACUCCUAUGUGGGAAAUGUUCCACUUAAAACUUUCAUUGUUUCUUGUGGGAUCUUCAUGAUUGGACUAAGCUUGACACUUGGGACUCUCCUUUGUUGGCAUAUCUACCUGAUGGCACACAAUAUGACCACCAUUGAGCAUUAUGAUUCAAAGCGAGCCACUUGGUUAGCUAGAAAAUCGGGUCAAAGCUAUCGGCAUCAAUUCGAUCUUGGCGUCUACAAAAACAUCACCUCGGUAUUAGGUCCUAACAUGAUCAAAUGGCUAUGCCCCACAUUUACUAGGAAUACUGAAGAUGGUAUCAGCUUCUCUGCGUCGAGAGAUAGCUAG